UCAGUGAGAGGUGCGCAGAGACAAGGACAACAGUACCGUAGAGAACAGGAAAAGCCAGCGAGUUUCUAGUGGGGCUUUGACGCAGUUUUUUCUUUUUUUAGAUUUUUCAAGAUGGCAACCACUGGCAACCAUUUGAUAAUCAUCAAAUGGCCACUACCCUUGGGCUGUUUGUUGAUCAUGCUCAUGGCUGGCAGUUCUGCAAUAAAUACAUCUAAUUCCUCUAGCCCUAAUGAGACCACAACAUCCACUGCCAUUGCCACAUCUCCGCCAACAUCCAUGACCACUCCCGCAGUGCAGACAUCCACCACCACCACAACCGGCAGCACAACCAUGAGUCAGGGGCCAACAACGACCACCGCAACUGGACCACCAACUUCUGCACAACCAGAGCCAUCAAGUCCUACUACUCUCGGGACUGAGACCAUCCCAUCCAGCACCACCCCACACGAACCCACUGCCACUACACCUGAGGGAACUGAGACAACUCCACUGACCCCGACAUUAGCUCCAGAGACCGGUGGGACAAGUGCAGCCACUGGGUCUGCACAAACACCCACAGCUGACGCAACAACUCAACACACAUCAGAUCAGCCUACCAGCAAGACGUCUGCAACCUCUGUCACUACAAUUACAUCCACCGUGACUAUAGUUCCUUCAAUCUCACCUACCUCAACAACUAACUCAACUGAAAACCAUGGUGGGGGGCUGAACUCUUCAGAGGUGGCACUGACGGUGGUGUUUGCCAUUGCCCUAAGUGUAGUAGCACUGGGGGUCAUUGUCUACAGCAUCACGAAGUGUCGUCGAACAGGAAAUCCGUUCUAUCAUCAGAGACUCUACAGUAGUGCUGAAGACACAGUGGACCUGUUUGCGCCUCCUGCGGAUACACUGGUCAUUUCUGGUGGCCUCUACGAUGGCACACAGAUGGGCCCUGGUGAAGGGGGUAUUUUGGGUGAUCAGGUGUUUCCAGUGCAGCCUUCCCGAUUACGACUGGAGAUCCUAAAUGAUGGUGUGGAAAGAACGCCUGGAACACAGCCUUCUACUUCAAGGCAAUCAUGACUGAAGGACAAUCACAGAGAAAAGGGUUCAGAUACCUGAGUUAGUAUUUAAUUCUAGUAAUGGCAUGAUAGCUAAAUUAAACAGGGUAUGAGAUACAUUAUCAUGCCUUAGCAGGACACAGAAUACAAACACCUGAACAGGUUGCUAAUCCAACAUGGUGAAUCUGGUUGCCAUUCAAUUACAGGUAUUUGCUUGUGUAUUUGCAUUCAAGCAUUCAAGCAGGAUCUUAACUACCGUAAUUGCUCUGU